AUGUAUCUCCACAUCUCCAGCGCGUGGCAGCAGCUGUGCCUACCUUGGAGCCAGUGGUGGGGUGAAGCCUCUGUCUCUGUGCUGGCUGCCCCUCAGCCAUGGAGCAGGAGCUCAGGGAAGGCGAGCACGUUGCUGCAGGUGCCAGUGCAGGUCUGUGUGAGAGCCAAGAGCUGUUUAAACCCCAGCACUGGUGUCUCCUUCUCUCCUCAGAUUCCCAAGGACCCGACGCAGCGAUGGCUCCGGGAACUCACUGCAAUGAGCCAGCAGCUGCAGCAGGUUCACCCCAACGUCCUGGCCAAGAUCCUUAAGCAAAGAACUCUGUACCAGAAUGAGGAGAUUGUGGUGAUAGACAAACCCUACGGGCUCCCUGUGCACGGCGGCCCCGGCAUCAAGAACUGCAUCGCUGAUGUGCUGCCCAUUUUGGCCAAGAUGCUGGAGAACAUGAGAGCUGAGCCCCUCCACCUCUGCCACCGGCUGGACAAGGAGACCACGGGUGUGAUGGUGCUGGCACGGAGCAAGGAGGCAGCAGAGAAGAUCCGUCUGCUCUUCAAAACCCGUCAGGUGGAGAAGAUCUACUGGGCAAUUGUCCUGGGGGACCCGGACCCUGUUGAGGGCGUUGUGGAGAUCCCCAUUGUGGAGAAGGAGGUGAAGAGCCACCAAUCCCACUACAAGAUGACGCUGGCUCCCCGGUUCCGCGUGCGUGCGGAG